UUGUGUGUGAAAACAGCCUUGCAGGUGCAGGCUAAAGCGCGCCCCCGCGAGCGGCGCGCAACAGAUGCCUGUUCGGGUCUCGGCGAGAGGACGGCGCCAAAUAGGAAGAACCGCAGACGUGUGUCGGGUCUGCCUCUAAUCACAACAAACCAGAGUCAGCGACGGGGACUCGUUCUCAUCUUUGCUUCCACUUAUGAGUAACUUGACCCGUCGAGACGGAACAUCGCGUUGCCUGGACGAAGACAAAGGCUGAAAACAUGGAGGCAGACAGUGUGAGUAUAUGGCCACGCAUGGAACCCUUCUUACUGGGUGCCCUGCAGGUGUCUCCCUCCUCCAAGCUCAGCCUGCACUAUCUUCGCAAGAUGGCAAUCUAUGUGCGAACACGGGAUGGCUGCUUCCCCAUUUUGGGCUGGCCCAUGUGGAGGCAUAUUGCCUGCGGAAAGCUACAGCUUCCAGAAGACCUUGCGUGGCUCUACUUUGAGACAUUUGACCUUCUUAUAGGCCACACUCCGGAGGAGAGGCUGGAGUGGGCAGAGUGUCUUUCUCAGUGCUCUUCCAAAAGCGAGCUGGACGAACAAAGGAGCAAGUUGUCCGUGGACACACUGCAGUUCCUCCUCUUCCUCUAUAUCCAGCAGCUGAACCGCGUGUCUCUACGUACCUCUCUGAUCGGUGAAGAGUGGCCCAGUCAUCGUACUCGCUCCCCCUCUCCAUCAGACCGAGAAGCCAAGACUAGCUCUCAGAACAAGAACUGGGAUGAUCAGGCCCACCUGUCAUUUGUGCAAAGCCAUCUAGCUGAGAUUCUGGAGCUGCUGGUGGAGCCAGGACAACUGUCACAAUCUGGACAGGCCCUUAGAGAUUGCCAGAUAUCCCUGGAGUCUGUGCGAAGCUUGGGCCUGCUAUUGGAAGGCUUGGUUUGCCAUGGCAGAGCUGUUCAGCCUGUCCACAGGCUGCUGACUAAAGGUCCGCUCCAGACACAAGCUGGCUACUCUGCACUCAGCCGCUCCUUCCCCCUGCACAAGCUACUUUCGUGUCUCCAGCGCAGCCUCACACUCAACCCCUUUGGGAUGACUGCCUGCCUGCGCUCAGGCAAGAAACUAGCCUGGGCUCAACAAGUGGAGGGGGCCAUGAAGAGAGCCAAAAUAGCCCGAAACACCCACAUGGCUCCACCUGGCAGUAAGAUGGUGCUGAUGUCGCAAGUCUUCAAACAGACCCUGGCUAAAACCUCCGACAAGCUGGCCGGUGCCAACAUCAAAAUCCACAGAUGCUCAGAUGCCUUCAUAUACCUUCUCUCACCUCUCAGAUCAGUCAGUGUGGACAAAUGCCGUGACAGCACAGUGGUUCUGGGUCCUGUUGAGACCAGCGUCCACAUCCACAGCUGCCAGAACCUGCGGGUGGUGUGUGUGGCCGGCAGGAUCGCUAUCGGAGCCUCCUCAUGUUGCACUGUCCACGCCUUGACGCCCACUCGCCCCCUGCUCCUACCUGGAAAUACAGACAUUACACUGGGGCCUUUCCACACUUUCUACCCCUCCCUGGAGGAUCAUAUGGCCAGCGUGGGGCUGGCUGUAGUCCCAAAUGACUGGGAUCGGCCGUUGCUUCUGGGGACCGAGGGCCUCGUCAACCCCUCACUCAACACAUCAUCCAACCCAGACCCUGCCUGCUACCGCCUGCUGCCCCCAGCUGAGUUUCACACACUGGUUGUGCCUUUCCAGAUGGAGGGCGACACAUGUGAGGUGCCAGGGGGAUUGCCCCCUCCAUAUCAGGCAGCACUUGAUGAAAAGCAGAAGAGGAUACAGAACUGGCAGAAGACUGUGAUGGAGGCCCGGCUGAACAAGGAGCAGAAGCGGCAGUUCCAGGAGUUGGUGGAGGUCAAGUUCCACAAGUGGCUUCUGGAGAAGGGGCACAGGCAGGAACUUGACAGCCUUAUCCCACCCACGAUAGCCUCUUUAAAGGACUCCGAUGGGCCUGCAACAGACAUGCCCCGAGUUAAUGACUCCAAACAUAUUAGGACUGGACGGGCAGUGAGACAGUCACCUAUGGCUUGUUGAAUUGUUGGGUUAGCCUUGUUUGGGUCUCAGCCAGCAGGAUAAUUACACGUGUAAAUUAAGGUAGCGCAACAGUAUGCACAGACAGGCUACAUAUGGUCUUACUGAUAUUUGGAGCUCCUGUAAGUUCUUACACGCUUACUGCAAGUAUUAUUGUACAGUAUGUUUGUGGUUGUUUACACCUUCUUCCUGGCAAGUCUGGAGUGCUUGAUCCAGCUUUUAUAGCAACUUAUGUCCCACUCAUUCCUGAGUGGAAGGCUGGUAUGAGCUGCUUUACAAUUCCUUCUUAAGAAAAGGCAGCUAAGUCUUUAACGUGUCGAGUUAAAGUGGGGAGUGGAUUGGCAUGUUGUAAAACAACAUCGCAAGCACCACUCUUUUGAGGAGAGCUGUAGACUUUAAAAAACACAGGUUUAGCAUCUGUGAAGUCACCGUAGGCUUUUAAAGGGACAUUUUGAAAAAGCUUAGAUUUGAGUUUACUGUUGAAUGUAACCUCUUUUUUUUUUUUUUUUUUUUUUGGGAUGAAAAAAAAUGAGUGCAGCUGAGGAGGGUGCUGACAGGCUGAGAGACCUGUCAGUCAUGCAGACAUGCCCAAAAACAUGUUCUCUUAAAACAUUAAUAGCUCAUUAAUUUAAUAAUGAUUCUCAAAAUCUACAUUAAGACACACAGUUUGGAAAUCCACUUACUACCCCAUGUUCUUGUGUGGAAUUUUUUUUGUGUAAACUCAAUAGAGUCAGCAUUUAGAGACCAUUAGAAGAUCUUAAACUUAAAGCACUUGUGAUUGGUAUGAAUACUCUGCAAUGGUGGUUGCUGCUUUAGGGGAAGCUGUGGAGAACCAUAACUGCUGUGGACACUUCGGGUCUCUUUCAUACAGUCUGGAGUGAUUGUCACCAUUUCCUCCCAAACUAUGCCCACGUAUGUAAACUACAUGCUAUUUUCUGUUAAAAAAAAAAAAAAAAAAAAAAGACAAUGUUAUUAAGGGAAGUUGACAUUUAAAAAUUUAGCACUUUGGGUGUUAAGGACAUGUUAGAGCACCUACACUUACUUGCUCAGGUCAUUAUUUUUUGUGUUUAAUAGAAUAUUAAAAAAUAGAAAUCAAGCAUUUUCCAUUAUGGGGGGGGAAAAGGAAGGAAUAUAACAGGUUAAUGUAGGUAUGUGAUUGCACCGUCCAAACGUUGCCAUAUUUUAUGUACAUACAGGGUAAGUCAAUACGUGUAGCUACACUGCUCUCCGUGGGCUGAACCUUUCAAGCAUGUGGCCACACCCCAAUUAUUGAUCUCACAGUAGGUGUUUUCACCAGCUGUCAAAAGGAAAUAUUUGCUCUGACGUCUGUGACUGCUGUGUGGCCACAGGUACAACAUGAAAGUUCAGCAGCAAGUUUUCUGCUCUGUGAUUUAUUGCAGGCCUGCCCUUUCAUUUCUUCAGUACAGCCGAAAUAGCUGACCUGCUGACGUGCCAAAUGAGGCUAAAUUUAACAAAUAUUUGGUCAGUUUGCAGUACUGUUGCCUAAAUGUAUGUUUAUUUUUGUAUUAAUUCACCUGUAUGAAUAUGUAUAUUUUAGCAUGAUAGUAAGAUUAUUUUUCAUAAAUCUACCCUCCCUCAGAACUAUUUUUAGCAUUUACUAUGUCAGCCCGUUAGCUUCCUGUUUCCGCACUUCCACUCAUGACAGCAUGCUAAAUUUUGAGUUUGGGACAGAUUGGGUCUUACAUUACAUACAAUAGAACAGCUGCGUGUGUCUUCAGGGCAGCAUUUGAAUUAGUUAUGUGAAGUUAAGGGAAGAUGGACUUGAUAAAUAUAGGUACUGUUAAAAUGCUGUUACACAUUAGAGAAUAUUACUGUUAAGUUUUCUAAAUGCUGUGAUGUAUCUCUUCAUUUUCAAGACGAAAGUGAUUACAUUGUAAAAUGCCUUACUGCUGUUGCUUACUCAGAAAACGUACCUGUUGAUUUGAACACACGCACCUUUAUGCAGUUACUAUAUGAAGAGCACAAUAUAGUUUUUGAUUAUUAAAUGAAUAAAGGUUUUGAAUAAAACCAGGUCACCUCCUG